UCAAUGUUGUUGCACCUCUAGAGGUUCUCUUUUUAUUUACAAAAUGCAGUGAAAAGUGGACAAAAACAAGUGAAAAAACGCACAAAAUGGCCACCCAAAAGCCUGGCGAAUGGGCAAGUGCCCUUUUGGCCCGCUUCGAGGAUCAGCUGCCAAACCGUAUCGGAGCCUACGGAACGCAGGCGAGGAUGAGCCAGGACCAACUGGUGGCCUGUUUGAUACACAUUUCGAGGUACCGCUUCUCCCUGGUCAUCUCCGGCCUGACCAAGAUGCUGCAGCGCGUCAAUGAGGCGGCCCUUCAAAAUCGCCAUGAGCCGGAACGUUGUUACUUCGAGUCCCUGGUCAUCAUACUGACCACCCUGGAGCGCUGCCUGACCAACCAGACCAAGGAUACGGCUCGCUUUGAAGAGGCCAUGAACGUGAAGCUCCUACUGCGGGAAAUCUCCCAGUUUGUGGACGUACAGAGUGACAGUAAUCCGAAUGCUGCCCAGCUAAAGGCUUUAGCCUCGAAGGUGCUCUUUGCCCUAUCCCAGAAUCACUUCUCGGCCGUGUUCAAUCGCAUCUCGGCCAGGAUACAAGAGUUGACAUCCUGCUCCGAGGAGAAUCCUGACUACAAUGACAUCGAACUGAUACAGCACAUCGACAUGGAUAUGAUAAAGCUAACCAAGCUGCUACAAGAAACCAUUACAAAGUUUCGAUCCAAACGUGCACCGCCAUUGAUUCUGCUUUAUUCGCUGGAGAAGGCCAUAUGGAAUUGGAUUGAAUACCAUCCGCAGGAGUUCCAGGACUUGCAACGGGGCACCAAUCGGGAUAUAUCCACCUGCUGGGAACUCAUGGACUUUGUAGAGUACUUCAAAACAGAGAACAAGAAGAGCAAGACGCUCGUGUGGCCAUUGCAAAUGCUGCUGCUGAUAUUAAAUCCCUCCUGCCUGGAGGCCACUGUCAACGAGCUGCAGCAGUCGGAGAAGGAGAAGGAAAAGGAGAAGGUCCCAUCCAAAUCAGCUCAAUCAACGUCAAGGGAUAAGGACUUUUCGGCCAAGCAGUUUAUCGAAAGCAUAAAGCGGGGACUUGGCCAACACUCGCCGUCCAAGCAAGUUACCGAGUCCUCCGCCAUAGCCUGCGUGAAGCUUUGCAAGGCCUCUACGUACAUCAACAUUACCGACUCGAAUAAUGUGGUUUUUAAGCUGGUCCAGUACUUUAUCAACGACCUCAAGGCCCUGCUUUUCAAUCCGGCCAAGCCCUUCUCCCGAGGACAGGGCUAUAACUUUGCGGACAUCGAGCUGAUGAUCGACUGCUGGGUCUCCUGCUUCCGCAUCAAUCCGCACAACAUCGAGGCGUUGAAAGUGUGCCUGAAUCUGUCGUCUCCGCAGGCCUACCACUUUGUGAUUGUGUGCUCCCUACUAAGACUUGCUCACAUCUAUGUGGAUUUCCGCCUUCAGAACAAGAACCCUUUCCGGAUUGUUAACCAACCCAGAUUGUCCUGGUGGCCUCAGACGGAUGUGGUUCAUUACCGCUCUGCCGAGCUGCGAGCUUUGUUUACGGAUACGCUUAACAAGGCCACCCAGGGCUAUAUAGCCCACACCCCACUGCGCUAUAUCACCUCACUCACGCUUAAAUCUAAGGACACUCAAAAGGGUCUAACGCGGGCCGAAGAGGGCCCUGCCCACAAAAUGCUAUUGCUGCUGCUCGUCCGGCUGAUCCAUGCCGAUCCCACCCUUUUACUAAACACUCAGGGAAAGGUUGCCCACGAGGUUCAAAGUUCCACGCUGGAGUUGAUCAACGGACUGGUGAGUCUGGUGCACCAAACCACCAUGCCCGAUGUGGCCCAGGAGGCCAUGGAGGCGCUGCUCGCUCUGCAUGCACCAGAAAAGAUUGAAGUCUGGAAUCCGGAGGCUCCCAUUAACACCUUCUGGGAUGUCAGUUCCCAGGUGCUGUUCUCCAUCUCGCAGAAACUCAUCCAGCACCAAAUUGCCAACUACACUGACGUUUUAAAGUGGCUGCGCGAGAUCCUGAUCUGCCGGAAUACGUUCCUUCAGCGGCACAAGGAUUACGCCCACGUAGGCAGUCAGAUUGCCAUAUGCAAGCAGGCCCACAUCAAGAUGGAAGUGGUCUUCUUCAUGUAUCUGUGGAGUGUUGACUUGGAUGCAGUGCUGACUUCACUGUCGUGCUUCGGGCUGCUCUGCGAGGAGGCGGAGAUCUGUUGCAGCUCCGAUGAGCUGACUGUGGGUUUCAUUAUGCCGAAUUACCACAUCUACCAAGAGCUGGCACAGCUGUCUUCAUCUGCUACGGAUACUCGAAUCUGCUUCUUUGACAACACCCAUGGCAAUGUGCUAAGCCGACUUACACUGCAAAAGCGGAUUAUGACCCUCCUCCGCAAGAUCGAGCACUGCGUCCACGGUGUCCAGCCCGCCUGGGAAGAGACCUUUCGCAAUUGGGAGGUGUCCAGCAAGGUCUUGCAAACCUAUCCAAAGUGCAAGGGCGAAGAUGCCCAAGCUGAGGUCUUUCAUCGCGGCAUGGGCAAGCGACGAGCCAGUCAUCAGAGCUCGGAGCACGAUCUGGAGGAGCAGAUCAAUGAGUGGGCCAAUAUGACUUGGUUUCUCUUAGCCCUUGGCGGCGUCUGUCUGCACAAGCGCAGUAGCAGUCGUCAAAUGUUGCUCCAGCAAUCCCAGAACAAUGCCUCCCUGGGAUCCUUGGCACAGAACUCUCUAUACUCGAGCUCCACCAGUUCCGGCCAUGGUUCACUGCAUCCCAGCACCGUGUCUCUAUCCACGAUCCCGCCAGCUCCACCACAAGAUGUCAGUUACUGUCCUGUCACGCAAUUCAUUGGACAACUGUUGCGUUUGCUGGUCUGCAGCAACGAGAAGAUCGGCCUCAACAUCCAAAAGAACGUUAAAGAACUCGUGGGCGAGGAGAUGUCCACCCAGCUGUUUCCCAUACUCUUCGACCAGAUACGCGCCAUCGUGGAGAAGUUCUUCGACCAGCAGGGCCAGGUUAACGUGAACGUGACCGACAUCAACACGCAGUUCAUCGAACACACGAUUUACAUAAUGAAGUCCAUCCUGGAUCCCAAAGCCAGCAAGGAUCCCAACAACGACCAACCUUCACCUUCGGAGCACCUGGGAGUCACCAGCAUCGAGGGCAUGAUGCUGGGCAUCGUUCGGUAUGUCCGCCACCUGGACAUGACUGUCUACGCUAUCCGGAUCAAGACAAAGCUUUGCCAGCUGGUGGAGGUUAUGAUGAAGCGGCGCGAUGAUCUCGCCUUCCGCCAGGAAAUGAAGUUCCGUAACAAGCUGGUGGAGUACCUGACCGAUUGGGUGAUGGGCACCUCACACCAGAUAGCGCCGCCCAGCUCCGCGGACGCUUCUAUUCUGACCAACACAUCGCUCAUUUUUCGCGACCUGGAUCAGGCCUGCAUGGAGGCAGUGGCCGCCCUGCUUCGUGGUCUUCCGCUUCAGCCAGAGGAGUCUGAUCGUGGAGAUCUGAUGGAUGCCAAGAGUGCGCUGUUCUUGAAGUACUUCACUUUGUUUAUGAAUCUCCUGAACGAUUGCAUCGACAGCUCCGAGGCGGAAAAGGAGAUGAAUAAUACGCCAUUGCUGCCACCACGACCUCGAAUGGCUGCUGGAAAGUUGACCGCCCUCAGGAAUGCCACCAUUCAGGCCAUGUCGAACUUGCUCGGUGCCAACAUUGACUCGGGCCUAAUGCACUCGAUCGAUCUGGGAUACAACCCGGAUCUGCAGACACGAGCUGCUUUCAUGGAAGUUCUCACGCAAAUCCUGCAGCAGGGAACCGAAUUCGACACUCUGGCCGAGACUGUGCUGGCGGAUCGCUUCGAGCAACUGGUCCAAUUGGUAACGAUGAUCAGCGACAAGGGAGAGCUGCCCAUAGCCAUGGCUUUGGCCAAUGUGGUGACCACUUCGCAGAUGGAUGAGCUGGCCAGAGUUCUUGUCACUCUGUUUGAUGCGAAACACCUGCUGUCGCCUUUGCUGUGGAACAUGUUCUAUCGCGAGGUAGAGGUUUCGGACUGCAUGCAAACUCUCUUCCGCGGAAACUCCCUGGGCAGCAAAAUCAUGGCUUUCUGCUUCAAGAUCUAUGGAGCUAGCUAUCUACAAAUGCUACUGGAGCCGCUGAUUCGUCCGCUGCUUGAUGAGCAGGAGGAGACUUGCUUCGAGGUGGAUCCGGCUCGCUUGGAUCCCACCGAGGACAUCGAACAGCAUCGCAACAACCUGAUCGCACUCACCCAAAAGGUUUUCGAUGCCAUCAUCAACUCUUCGGAUCGCUUUCCGCCCCAACUGCGCUCCAUGUGCCACUGCCUGUACCAGGUGCUAAGCAAGCGCUUCCCGAAUCUCCUGCAGAAUAACAUUGGUGCUGUGGGCACUGUGAUCUUCCUGCGCUUCAUUAAUCCCGCCAUAGUAUCCCCGCAAGAGUUGGGAAUCGUUGACAAGCAGGUGCACAGCUCGGCUAAGCGAGGACUCAUGUUGAUGUCCAAGAUCUUGCAGAACAUUGCCAACCAUGUGGAGUUCUCCAAGGAGCAGCACAUGCUUUGCUUCAAUGACUUCCUGCGGGAUCAUUUCGAGGCUGGUCGCCGCUUCUUCAUUCAGAUUGCCUCGGACUGUGAGACCGUGGACCAGACUUCGCACAGCAUGAGCUUUAUUUCGGAUGCCAACGUGUUGGCGCUGCAUCGACUGCUGUGGACGCACCAGGAGAAGAUAGGAGACUAUUUGUCCAGCAGCAGAGAUCACAAGGCCGUGGGCAGGCGGCCCUUUGACAAGAUGGCCACCUUGCUGGCCUACUUGGGUCCGCCGGAGCACAAGCCCGUGGACUCACACAUGAUGUUUAGCUCAUACGCACGCUGGAGUUCCAUUGAUAUGUCCUCGACGAACUUUGAGGAGAUCAUGGUCAAGCAUCAAAUGCAUGAGAAGGAGGAAUUCAAGACCCUCAAAUCGAUGAAUAUAUUCUACCAGGCAGGGACCAGCAAGUCGGGUUAUCCGGUCUUCUACUACAUAGCCAGGAGAUACAAGAUUGGAGAAACCAACGGAGACCUGCUAAUUUAUCAUGUCAUCCUCACGCUGAAACCCUUCUGCCACUCUCCCUUCGAAGUGGUCAUCGAUUUCACUCACACCUGCUCGGACAACCGCUUCCGCACGGAGUUCCUGCAAAAAUGGUUUUAUGUCCUGCCCACCGUGGCCUACGAAAACGUCCAUGCGGUGUACAUCUAUAACUGCAACUCCUGGGUGCGCGAAUACACCAAGUUUCACGAUCGCAUCCUGGCUCCGUUGAAAGGAAACCGCAAGCUACUCUUCCUGGAGUCACCAAACAAGCUCACGGAUUUCAUCGACGCUGAGCAGCAGAAGCUGCCGGGUGCUACCCUCUCCUUAGACGAAGAUCUCAAGGUAUUCAGCAACGCACUCAAGCUUAGUCACAAAGACACCAAAGUGGCCAUUAAGGUGGGUCCAACAGCUCUGCAGAUUACGUCCGCGGAGAAGACAAAAGUUCUGGCCCACUCAGUGCUUCUCAAUGACGUAUACUACGCAUCGGAGAUCGAGGAGGUGUGUUUGGUGGACGACAACCAAUUCACGCUGUCGAUAACCAACGAGAGCGGUCAGCUGAGCUUCAUUCACAACGACUGCGAUAAUAUUGUCCAGGCCAUUAUCCACAUUCGAAACCGCUGGGAGCUCAGUCAACCAGAUUCCGUGACAGUGCACCAGAAGAUCCGACCGAAGGACGUGCCGGGCACCCUUUUGAACAUGGCGCUGCUGAAUCUCGGCUCUUGCGAUCCCAACUUGAGGACGGCUGCCUACAAUCUGCUGUGCGCCUUGACCGCUACAUUUGACCUGAAGAUCGAGGGGCAACUCUUGGAGACGCAAGGUCUGUGCAUCCCAUCCAAUAAUACCAUCUUCAUCAAGUCGGUGAGCGAGAAGCUGGCCACCAAUGAGCCGCAUCUCACGCUAGAGUUCCUCGAGGAGUCCAUCCAAGGCUUCCAGCGUAGCACCAUUGAGCUGAAGCAUUUGUGUCUAGAGUAUAUGACGCCCUGGCUGAAGAAUCUCGUCAAGUUCUGCAAGUCGAACGACGACUCAAAGAAACUCAAGGUCUCCCAGAUCCUGGAUAAGCUCAUUAACCUGACGAUUGAUCAAAAGGAAAUGUAUCCCUCAGUGCAGGCCAAGAUCUGGGGCUCGAUUGGCCAGAUCCCAGAGCUCAUCGACAUGGUGCUGGAUAACUUCUUGCACAAAUCGAUCACCUACGGCCUAGGAUCACCGCAGGUAGAGAUAAUGGCUGACACGGCAGUGGCUCUCGCUUCAGCCAACGUCCAAUUGGUGUCCAAGAAGGUCAUCACGAGGAUGUGCCGGGUCAUGGACAAGUCCUGCACGAAUCCCACGCAGUAUCUGGAGCAGCACAUGAUGUGGGACGAUAUUGCCAUCCUGGGACGCUACUUGCUCAUGUUGUCUUUCAACAAUUGCCUGGACGUGGCCACUUCGGUGCCCUAUCUGUUCCACACCAUUACGUUCCUGGUCUGCUCCGGAUCACUCUCGAUGCGUGCCUCCACCCACGGCCUGGUGAUCAACAUCAUCCACUCGCUGUGCACCUGCACAAAUCCCUCCUUCUCCGAGGAAGCACAGCGCGUGCUCCGGCUCUCCCUGGACGAGUUCUCACUGCCCAAGUUCUAUCUGCUCUUUGGCAUCAGCAAGGUCAAAUCGGCAGCAGUGACUGCCUUCCGCUCCAGCUGUCGUCAUCCUACUGAUAAGUGGCUGGGAAAUGAGAGAGUUACCCAACCGCUGCCCGCUGAUCGCGAGCGCUUGUCGCUGCCCUCGCUGGAGGUCAUUACGGACGCCCUGCUCGAGAUCAUGGAGGCCUGCAUGCGCGACGUUCCGGAUUGCGAGUGGCUGCACACCUGGACCUCCCUGGCCCGCAGCUUCGCCUUCUGCUACAAUCCUGCCCUGCAGCCAAGGGCGCUGAUAGUCUACGGAUGCAUCAGCAAAAGUGUAACGGACCACGAGGUGAAGCAGCUGCUGCGUAUCUUGGUCAAGGCCCUGGAAUCGUUCAAUGAUUUAAUCCUGAUCGAGGCUCUAGUCAUGUGCUUGACGCGAAUCCAACCGCUGCUGCGACCCGAAUCGCCCAUCCAUCGGGCUCUCUUCUGGGUGGCCAUUUCGGUGCUGCAGUUGGAUGAGAUUACCUUGUACGGAGCUGGCUUGGCCCUGCUAGAACAAAACCUUCAUACACUGAAAUCGCAAGGCUGCUUUGACAAAAAGGAGACCAUAGCCGAAGUGAUGAUGAAGACUCGCGAAAAGCUAGAGUGGCACUUUAAGCAGCUGGAUCACGCUGUGGGUUUAUCAUUCCGCAGCAACUUCCACUUUGCCCUGGUUGGGCAUUUGAUCAAGGGCUUCCGUCAUCCCACUCCCACAACUGUUUCCCGCACUUCCCGAGUGCUGACCAUGCUUCUGGGCAUUAUAGCUAAGCCGCUGCAUCGGGACAAGUUCGAGGUGACCCCUGACAGUGUGGCAUAUCUGACGGCUCUGGUGGCUGUUUCCGAGGAAGUCCGCUCCCGCUGCCACGUGAAGCAUGCCCUGCCCCGCUGGCCAGCCGAUCUGAGCGGCAGCGUGGAGAACGGCGAAGCGUCCAACGGAGGAGUGCAGGCCAUUGGCCAGCCCCUGUCGCGUCGGCAGAAGAGUUGGGACAUUCUCGACCAGUCCGCCUUGCAGUUUGCCCGACAGCACAAGGUUCCCACUCUUCAGAACGCUCGAGUUCUGUUCAAGACUCAACGCUCUUUCUCGGUGCCGACGACCAAAGAUCCGAACAAUGCAACCGGCAUCGAAGAACGUCAGGAACGCGGCUCGCGUUCUUCGGUCUCCAACGAGUCAAAUGUACUGCUCGAUCCCGAAGUCCUGCCUGAUUUGUCCAUACAGGCACUUGUGCUGACUGUUUUGGCCACCCUGGUGAAGUAUUCAUCAGAUGAAGGCGAAACGCGUGUCUUGUAUCAGUAUUUGGCCGAAGGUUCGGUGGUAUUUCCCAAGGUGUUUCCAGUCAUCCACUCUCUGCUGGAUCAGAAGAUCAACAACAUUUUGUCAGUGUCACACGACCAGGUAGUGCUCAAUUCUGUGCAGAACAUUAUACAAAACAUGUUGGCGAGCGAGGAUCCCUCCCAGCAGCAGUUGCACUUCCUGCAGAGCUGCGGUUUUGGCGGACUCUGGCGCUUUGCCGGACCCUUCACCAAGUACAACAUGAUGGGUGAAUCCUCUGAGCUGUUCGUCAACUGCUUGGAGGCCAUGGUCGAGACCUGUUUGCCCGGCGAUGAGUCAGCGCCGGUGCCUCCAUCCCCGCGACCAUACAACCUAAGUUCCAGCCUGAGCAGCCUGACCUUGGGCUCACCCACGGACAAGGCUGCAUGAAUAACAACAACAAACCCACGCACUAGACGUACCACACUAAUCGCAAAAGUAUUGCGUUUCCUAAAUCUGUUUAAAAAGUGCUUUUAGAGACAGUGAAAAUACCCCCACAGAGAGUCGUACAAAGUCAUAGAGUUAUAUACUAUAUAUAUCUAUAUUGGUAAUUGUAUGUAUAGAAUGACCAGCAGAGCGAGCAGAGGAAGUGAACGCUAAGAUCGAUUAAUGUAAAAAGUGAAUGUAUAUAUGUAUGUGUAUGUGUAGAAAGGAGGCGAUCGAGAAGGAUGCUGUAUACCGAAGGUUAAAGACAGGACCGCUGAGGAUGAAGAUAUCGAACGAAAUAUUUUUUAACGAAUAACGAUUGUACAUUUUAAAGAUUGUAAUCCGCCAUUAAAUAGUAAGCACACCAAGUCCACCAGUUCCUGAGCAGACGACGACCGUGCAAAACGGAGUUAACCCAGAGAGCAAAGCAAGCACAACGCAUGAACAUAUAAAUAUAUAACUGAGAUCAAACUAUCGAACAGAGGAAUAACCAAAAGCUUUAAGAAGGCGACAUGCCUCAUUGAUUUGUAUUAUAAAAUAAUCUCCCCGUUAUCAGAUGGCAUUUAUUUUUUAAUUGUAUACUUUGUAUCAUCUUCAUUUCGAUUUUACUAAUUUAUUUCAUUCACUCAUAUCCUCCAAGAAAAUUCUAAAACACCAAAAAACCAAAACGAGAAAUCCUCUAUUAUUGUUAAGCUGAAAUACGACACAAAGUCCGCUUUAAAUAUAGUUUAAGUUUAGGCACCAUCCAACAAGUUUUUAAUCGAAAUAGAGUUGAUAAGCGAACAGUAAAACGAAAAUUCAGAGAUUACGAAUGUUACACAUAUGUACCUCUUAUUAAGCAAAACGCAACAAAUUAGUACGUUACAAUUACUUUCUAGCACAAGAGUUUUCUAACCGUAUUAGACGGGAACAAUUUUUUUUUAAAUAAACACUAGAGACGAGCGAAACCUAACCAGUUACUUUUGCAUUAUUAAUCUAAAUGUAUAUGUGUGUGUUGCUAAAUGUGUAUUAAACGAAUAUAUGUAUCUUUGUAUAUUAGAGCCAUUUGAAGAUAUUUAUGAAGUGUUAAUGUCUUAAAUUUAUCAAUGUACAAGAAUAUCGAACAAAUUAAUAUACUUUCAUUAAAAAUGUUUACAUGAAUCGAA